AAGGUAGCUGUGUGAAAGGGCAGAUGUUCUUGAAAGGCAUUUAGAUAGCAGUGAAAAGUAAGAAACACCUGAAGGGUUUUCUACCUGUUGGCACAAGUGGGUUGAAAGGCUACAGACUCUCUCUCUCUGUGUAAAAGCAGUUCGCCAGACAAAAGCAGAGGGAGAGCAAGGAAAGGAAAGGAAAGGAAAGGAAAGGAAAGGAAAGGAAAAUCUGGAGUGCCUGUUGAAGAGUUUUAAAAACAAUUUGCUUUGGUGUGUGGGCAGUGUUAAAGCAUGUUUAGAAAGCCUCCUGCAUCAGCAAUCUCUAAUGGCAGCUACCUGCAGGGGCAAUCUAAUGGCAAGUUAUCUGCUGUGCGUGACACUAAGGCAGCCCAAGAGGACAAAGUGGUGCUGAAGAAGAAAGUAACUCUACUAAGAGGCAUAUCCAUUAUAAUUGGCACUAUCAUUGGAGCAGGAAUCUUCAUCUCUCCCAAAGGGAUCCUUCAACACACAGGCAGUGUGGGGAUGUCCUUGACUGUCUGGACUGUUUGUGGCAUCCUUUCGCUUUUUGGUGCUCUCUGCUAUGCUGAACUGGGCACAAGUAUCAAGAAAUCUGGAGGGCACUACACAUACAUCCUGGAAGCCUUUGGCCCACUCCCUGCUUUCAUCAGAGUCUGGGUAGAACUGCUUAUUAUACGCCCAGCCGCCACAGCAGUAAUAUCCCUGGCAUUUGGACGUUACAUCUUGGAACCAUUUUUUAUGCAGUGUGAGAUCCCAGUCCUUGCUGUUAAACUGGUUACAGCUGUAGGAAUCACAAUUGUAAUGGUCUUGAAUAGCAUGAGUGUCAGCUGGAGUACCCGCAUCCAGAUUUUCCUAACCUUUUGCAAGCUCAUAGCAAUUUUGAUAAUUAUAGUCCCUGGAGUUAUGCAGCUAAUUAAAGGAGAAAAUCAGCACUUUAAAGACGCGUUUGUGGGGAAUGCAGCCAGUGUCAAGGGAUUGCCUCUUGCUUUUUAUUCGGGAAUGUAUGCCUACUCAGGAUGGUUUUAUCUCAAUUUUGUUACUGAAGAAGUGGAGAACCCUGAAAGAAAUGUACCACUUGCCAUUUGCACUUCAAUGGUUAUCGUCACAGUUGGCUAUGUGUUAACCAAUGUUGCCUAUUUUACAACAAUCAGCCCUGAGGAGCUACUAAUGUCCAAGGCAGUGGCAGUGACUUUUGCUGAACGUUUACUGGGAAGCUUUUCCUUAGCUGUCCCCAUUUUUGUUGCACUCUCUUGCUUUGGAUCUAUGAAUGGUGGUGUUUUUGCUGUCUCCAGGAUGUUCUACGUCGCAUCCCGUGAGGGUCACCUUCCAGAAAUUCUCUCCAUGAUUCAUGUUCGCAAGCACACUCCUCUACCAGCUGUCAUUGUUUUGUACCCCCUGACUAUGAUCAUGCUCUUCACCAGUGAUCUCUACAGUCUCUUGAACUUCCUCAGUUUUGCCAGGUGGCUUUUUAUAGGACUGGCAGUGGCUGGGAUGAUUUAUCUCCGAUAUAAACGCCCUGAUAUGCCUCGUCCUUUCAAGGUGCCACUCUUUAUCCCUGCCCUGUUUUCCUUCACCUGUCUCUUCAUGGUUGUACUAUCACUUUAUGCUGACCCUGUCAAUACUGGCAUUGGUUUUGCAAUAACACUGACUGGAGUUCCUGCCUACUACCUCUUUAUCAUAUGGGACAAGAAGCCAACAUGGUUUAGAAGGUUCUUAGGCAGGAUAACAUCAAUGCUGCAAAUAAUCUUGGAAGUAGUUCCAGCAGAGGAGAAUCCAAGAUCAUGAUCUUCUAUUACUGGAUAAAACCAUGUUGACAAAGCAUCCAGUUUCUUCAACAGUUAAAGAAAAGAGCUUCUCAACAUUUCCUGGAAAACUUGGAGAAAUGAUUUAAAUGUAAUUUUUCAGUUGAUAGGUCAUAAGGACUAUAUAUGGAACUGUUUUUGGUAUCAUUUUUUUUAAUAUAUGUGGUUGUUGGAUACUAACGAUAAAGCCAACAGUCUUGAUAGCAGAGACUACUAAGCUGUUGUGGAACAAAGAGGAUCUUCUCCUUUUAUGAGAAUGCAGUCAAUGUGAUAUUUAUGAUAUAUUGUAUCAUACUUGAGAUCCAGUUUUUCACAUUGAUGUUUUAUAUUGUAGCACAAAUGAACAUUUGUUUAAGAAUGUUCAAGAUAGCUAGAAGUAUGCAUGAUGGUUGCAAUCUGUGUAUUGGGUCUAAUGGAAGACAGGAGCAAAAAAUGUACGAAAUACAAAUCAAAAUUUUGCCAUCUUUUUUAAUAUCCCCCUUUAUGUUUCAUUGUGAACACUACUGUACUAUAAAUGUGUACAUUCCAUUUACCUUCUUAGGUUUAGGAGGUAUGCAUGGGCAUCCUGAUGCUGUCAAUGAGCAUAAUGGUUGACAGAUCAAGAGGUACUGUCAGUAUGACUAAUGCUGCCAGAGGUACAAUAGUAUCCUGUGUAAGGUCACUUGGGCAUGGUUUGCUGUACUGUAUUGUGUCUGAGUUGUAAAUUGAUACAAAUGUGUUUAUA